AUGGCAUGUCCAAGCAGUGUGAAGGAUGGACCGAGACCAGACAAUGCUCCAAGGAGAGGAUGGCCACCAAAGCCACGAGAUAUUCCAUCCCAGGAGGAAAAUGGUCAACUCGGAUGCAAUGACGAAUACGAAUUUGAUGAUGAGGAGUACUCGGAGGAGUUUUUGAGGAGGCUGGAUAAGGCUGAAAGCAAUGCCAUAGCCAAGCUCAAGCGAUUGAAAGCAGAAGCAGACGCCUGCAAGAAAUGUCUUGUAGACCUGCAGGAGGCUGUGAAUGAUCCGCUUAGCUGUACGAACCAUUCUUUUCAUUGCAACAUGGGAUACUCAUAUUUUCCUAUAGAACCAUUCUUUAAUCCACUUGCAGGACCCCUCUCUGAUGCGGCGAGUGACGAGGAUGAGCACUUGGACUCCCAAAACAAAGCUGAGACACUACAUGUCAGUCGCAAUACCGGGGAUGAGCCAGCGGCGCAAAGACCUAAUGCAAAUGACGAACCUGGAGUGUGGUUCGAUAAGCCAAAAUAUAUGCAAGACUGGCUGUACCGGUACUUUGCUACAGUUAUACACCCGCUUAUCCACAAUAAAAAUGGCGGCAAGAUCCUGCUUGCACCGCCAACAUUCACAGAGUCUAAACCUUAUGCCCUGCCAACACUCUGGAUCCAUUCUCCGGAACCUGUCAUGUCUCUCUCUGUGCAUCGGUUUGAGCCCACCCUUCUCUUCCGCCUACAUGUCUUGCUUUGGCUUGUACAUUUCUUUGUCGAUGUAUUAUCUUGUCCCCAAUAUGGAAAACCACUUGAAAAGAAUGGUGCGCUGCCACCUCAUCAUGUCGUAGACCUUGAAGAUUCAUUCUACAUCAUUGCAUGGGCAUAUUAUUGCUGA